AUGGUCAAGCCACGCCAAUGCUUGAGCCUCCCAGACUCUCACCUCGUUAUCUGGUUACUUCCUACGCGUUCACAUCUACCUUGGCUUUUUUUUGGUUCAACUUCGGAGGCAUCCUAUCGAAACCUUUACAGACCACCAUUUCAUGAGAAUUCCACAAGCCUCGUUCUGGUUCAGAUGCUGAAGGGUAUCCGAAUAGGAGGGAACCAGCUGACUGUGUCUCUCUAUGAAUGUUUCACGUCAAUUCAAGCCUUGGGCGUAUUCUUGGCUCCCCGAGAGACACCCGAUGGAUUCCUAUCAGCAUUAGGCUGGCCAUUUACCCAAAAUCCCUCCUUCCGGACGGACCUUUGUACAGCAUGGCAUCCCCACAACGCUACCUUUUGGGCACGAAUCAAAGCGCAGGAGAGAGACCUAUUCGGUGUUGUUGAGAACCGCGGCGAUCAUCGCAAAAUCCCGAGUUUCAGUAAUCGGGAUUUCCAAACCUCCACCUAUGAUAGGUACUCUUCAGCACAUCCGAAUCGCAUCCGCAUAAUUUCUCAUGCUUCCAUGGAAUAUACCGCAAACGCGCGUCCUACCAGACGCUUGUUUGAGCCUGGAAUGCAGAAUUUGAGGGCACAGCCUUUGAAUUUUACUCUUUCCGCAAGUGAGCGUCACUUUUGGGACAGUCCUUCCCUGAAUGAAAAGAAGUUCACCGACUUCCUGGAUGCGCUUGAUAAGACUGUGGUCAGCGGCAAGAUCCACAACAUCCUUCACAGCCACGCUACACGUCCUACGUAA